AAGGUCGCGGACAUAAUGGAAACCAGCUGGCGGCUAAUUCAAGAAAUCAACUUACAUUACAAACUUAGCCACGGAAUAUACAGGAUUAAAUAUGAUACAUAAUCAGUUUUAGAGAGAAGAGCAGUGAUGUUGAGGAGAAGGAGCAGCAGCAGCAGUGCGAAGAGCUCCACUAAACGCAGGAGCAGCAGCGCGGGUUUCGACGAGUUCGGCUUCGCCUUUAUUAAGAGAAGAGAGAAAAAGCUGCACCACAGAUCCCAUGAUUAUAGCUUUCCGCAGCCAAACGCCCUCAAAGUCAAAGAACUGUGUGAAUUAUUGAGCUACUGGAAUGGAUCCAGUUUCAUUUGCAGAAAUCAGAUUGAGCGGUUUAUCCGCAUCGGAAUUCCUACAGCAGUGAGAGGACGAGUGUGGAAGUGCCUGCUGGACCUUGACAAUGUUCGAGUGGCCAGUGACUUCAGCUAUCAGGUGUGUUUGACUGAGAUCCGGAAGGGUCUGGUGGAUCUCGGGGUGAGCGAGUACAGCAUUAUCUCAGCCAUCACCACGCUAAUCGACAAGGAGAAUGACCUGGGCUCGGGCGCAGGCCAGACACCUGAUGCACACUCUUCAGCUUUCUCCACUGUGGACGUGGCUCUGUUCAGACAGAUCGCUCUGGACCUGCAGAGGUCUUUUCCCACUCACCGUUCACUAAUGGGAGACAGCCCUGAAGCCAUAGAGGGACAGGCCAAGCUAUUCAGAGUGCUCACUGCGUACGCCAAAUUUAACCCUCAGAUUGGAUACUGCCAAGGAAUGUCAUACAUCGCUGCGGUUUUCCUCAUGCUUCUGGGGGAGGAGGAAGCAUUUUGGGCUUUAGUGGUCCUGCUUGAAAAACCCAAAUACCUGUCUGAACUAUUUGACUCCUCACUCAAGAAGAUUCAGCAUCAGGCGCUGGUAUUUCAGCAGUUACUAAAGCACCGGAAACCACAGCUUUUCCAGCACCUGGAGAAAUUGGGAGUAUCAUCCUUCCAUUUUGUGAUGCAAUGGUUUCUGACUCUCUUCACCUCUCUGCCCUGCUGGGACUCUGUUCUGGCUAUCUGGGAUCUCUUCUUGCUCCAUGGCUUGCUGGCAGUGUUUCGGGCUGGGCUGACCAUCCUGCAUUUGCUCGAGCCUCGUUUGAUGAGUAUGACCGAGGAGACGACUGUGCUUCCUUUACUGCUGCGUGUUCCUGUGGAUGUCUCCCAGUACUCCGUCCUGAUUCCAGCCCUGUGGAGCACAGAGGUACAGGAGUGGGAGAUCAACUGCAUGAACAGUGUCAUAUUGGAGGAGAUGACUGAGAGCCAUGAGACAGAGAAAACAAAGGAGGACAGUUCGAGUUCUGUGAGCAGUGAUGAGCAGAAGGAAAAGAGUCCAGCUGUGGAAAACCCUGCGGAGGAUAGGCCCUCUAAAAAAGAGCCUGUAGGACCAGGAGGUAAAAACCUGUUUGCACGCAUUUUGAAAUUAGCACAGCGCUACCUAGCGGACUCAGCAAAACAGAACACAAGCAACAAGGCCCAGCCUGCUUCUCCUGCCAGAAGCAGCCCUGUUGUUGCCUGCCAGUCUAAGAAGAGGACCUCAGUCUCCUUCACCCAAGCACAGAGAAGGAGAAGCCAAAGCAGGCGUCCCCAGAAUGAAGCUGUGGUCAGGAAAGAGCCCCUCCCCCCUCAGUGCACUGAUGGAGGCACAGCUGAGAACAGGUCCCAGGUGCCCUUACGGAGGUUGAAAUCGGGCCCUGUCGGCAGAGUGGCCCGCAGACGCAGUGGUGUCCAGUCCGGCCGGGGAAAAUCACUUCUGCUCCGCAGCAGCAACCAGUCUCAGAAAGCCUCCAUCCCAACCUCACCUGUGUCUCAGGACCCAAACCAAGCCUGUACGGAGCCUCGGGAAUCCCCUGGCAAGUCUUCAAUCCGUCCACCACUAGAAGAGGGGAGUGUCUUUAGCCCCCGAACAGGCACUGAAGUUCGGGAGUCCCAGCUGAUCUGACUGAAGUUGACGAACUGAAAAUCAUAGACCAUUUUCAGAAGGAACACCCCACCCUCAUUACGCUCUACUCACAUGCUGACCCUUAUCCAGAUAGUUAAACUGAGUUUUGUUAGAAGUUUUCAAUCCUCAUCCUGAUCCUUGUGUCCGGUACAUCUCUGUGUUUUGCUGCUCUAAUGCACUUCAGUUCAAACCUGGACAGGCUUGUUAAAGAAUCGGGAGCAAGGAAACUUGUCUGUAUAAUUGAAAUGAUAAGUUCUAAACAGAGACAUUUAGAUGCGGUUUUGGUAUAAAAGGCCUUGCUCUAGAGAAAGAAUUUGCCUAUUCAAAAUUGUCAGAAAUUAAAUAUAUAUAUAAUUGAGACUCACGAUUGAAUGAAACAAUGCAAAAAAAAAAUGAUAAAGAAAUAAAUUUGUUAUAAUUAGUGUAUCGAUCCUAUAGGCAUUGUAUUAGAAUAGUUUUGAGUAGAUUUGUAGGCUUUGCAAACCAUUUUUUUCACCAAACCACAUUCUGAAUUACUUUACAAUACUAAAAACCUACAUAAUCGUAAAAUAAAUCAGGUUUAAGCUGCUAUUUCCCAGCUUAAUAUAUUGGAAGGAAUUUAAAAACUUUGUAUUGUCAACCCAUAACUUCCUUCCCGCGGCUGUCUUUUUAAGGGCAUUUCAGGAGUAGAACCACUAGGUUUAAUUCAUUUAUUCUUUGUGUUCGGAUUAUUAAUUUCAUCCUAGGCUUAACAACAACAACAACAAUUAUAAAAGCCAAUAAACCCUAGGCUUUCUAAUCAGUGUGAUAAUGAUUUCACUGAAAGAAGCUAGGAGAAGUUUUAUGAUGUUGAUAAAUGUGUGUAUAGCAGUAGAUAACCUCCCUGUUGACCCCCAGUAAAGGCAAGUUAUCAGUGAUGUUUUCAUGUUUUACUCUUUAGGACUUGUUUAGUUUAACUGUAAUGAGUGACGUUUACUUAUCGCCUUGCACUGAUUAUAAACACUAUGCGACUGCGGGAACACGUGCACUAAAUAUAUUUAGCACUUUGCCACCUAACGAAGGAUACAUGUGGAGGAUCUCAGAAUUGUAGCAUGUAUUAUUUUUCUACCUCUCUUUGGAGUCCUGGUAAAAGUGUCUGUUUUAAUGCUAAUGUGUGUAGCCAUUUGAGAUAAUAAAAGAUAAAUGAGA